AUGGGCGCUCUGAUGUCCUGCAUGUCCGGCACGCCCCCCUCCGACUCCCCGCCGCAGGCCAAGCGGCGCUCCUCCGCGUCCUCCCGCCGCGGCGGCGGCGGCGCCAAGGCCGCGGAGAUCGACGAGCAGGCGCUGGCCGCCGCCGCGGCGCUCGUGCUCGGGCAGCGCGGAGGGGGAGGCGCGUUUGACCGGUCCGCGUCGGUGCGGUACGCCGCGAAGCGGCAGCAGCAGGGCCCGCCGCUGCCCAGGAGCUCCAGCACGCGCCCGCGCUCCCUCGCCGACCCCGAGCUCCAGCCGCAGCAGCUCCUCGCCAAGGAGUUGGACACUAAAGAUUUGGAAACCAACAUAAUUGUUCUUGUUCACGGAGGCUCCGGGAUUAAUUCUUCUGAUACAAACAAGAUUAGCAGUCUUUCAGAGUAUGCUGAGCCACUUACCUCUUACCUUAAGGGUCUAGGUGAUGCUGAAAAGGUUAUCUUGGUUGGACAUGAUUUUGGGGGUGCUUGCAUAUCCCAUGCGAUGGAGAUGUUUCCAUCGAAAGUUGCCAAGGCUGUUUUCCUGUGUGCAACAAUGCUGACAAAUGGACAUAGUGCUCUUGAUAUCUUCCAACAACAGAUGGAUACAAAUGGUAUGCUCCAAAAGGCACAGGAAUUAGUAUACUCCAAUGGCAAGGACCGGCCUCCCACCGCUAUCAACAUCGACAGGGCUUCAGUAAGAGAUCUGUUAUUCAACCAAAGUCCUGCCAAGGAUGUAUCAUUGGCUUCAGUGUCCAUGAGACCCAUCCCCUUUGCCCCGGUAAUGGAGAAACUCACGUUAACAGAAGGGAACUACGGAUCGGUGCGGCGAUUCUUUGUCGAGACAACGGAGGACAAUGCGAUACCUCUUUCCCUGCAGCAGAGCAUGUGUGUGACUAACCCGCCGGAGAAGGUCCUGCGGCUGAAAGGUUCAGACCACGCCCCUUUCUUCUCGAGGCCGCAAGCGUUGCACAAAACGCUGGUAGAGAUAGCGACCCUGCCGCGAGCACAGGCAUCAUGA